AUGGCUCCUUUCCGAGGCAAGGGCGGUGCCACCGGUGGCACAGGCGACGGCCGAAGCGAGAAAGCCCUCCGGCUAUCCGUCAAGAAUCGGACGAAGUCCCUCUGCAAGAAGGCGUCCGAGCUCGCCACCCUCUGCGACGUCGAGCUCGCCCUCGUCUGCUACCCUUCCGACGCCGCCGAACCCACCACCUGGCCGCCCGAACGCUCCAAGGUCGAAGACGUCAUCCGCCACUACCUCGACGCCCCCGCCAACAAGAAGCUCCCCAAGAACCAGAUCACCCUCGACAACCCCAACCCCGGCGCCGACAAGAAGAAAGGCGCCGGCGAAGCGGCGGAGGCGAAGGCGGCGGCGAAGAAGAAGGCGGAGGAGGCGGCCGAACGCCUCCGCAUCCCCUUCCCUGACGACGAGGAGAAGCUGACAGCGCUGGGACGGAUCCUGGGGUCGAGGCUCGAGGUGGUGCGGAAGAUGAUCGCGGUCCGUCGGAUGGAGGCUCCAGAUCAGGCGAAUAAGCUUGCCGUCGUGCCGGCGAGCGCCGGUGGUGGUGAAGCGGCGACCUCCGAUCCAGCCGAGGAUUUUGGUUCGGUUUCGAGAUGUGCGCAUCCGGGUUUCUCGGCGCCAGCGUCGGCGCCGGUCGCGGGAGCAGACGGCAUGCGCUGUUCUUAUCGGAACUGGUUCGCAUAG